AUGAAUGACAUAGCAGAAGAAAAAGGAAAGAAGAAACGAAAAUCAAAGAAUCCUGUGGUUGACGAAAGCUCAAACAACAACAAUAAUAACGAUGAGAAUGCCAAUACAUUAAUAAAUAGGAAUAAUUGGAAGUUACAAUCUGGAAUCACCAUCAAGAGAUUAUUAAAAGAAGCGACAAAUCUCAGUGGACACGUAAUGAGGUUGGAGAAUUGGGGAGUAAUUAGAUGUGGAUUAAACAUUUCUAGACCCAAAUGGUGUGCAGAAGCUGAUUAUAAUGAAAUCCAGCAAAUCUGUAAAAAAAAGGCACCAUAUAUUUCUCCUUCAAGAACAUUAAAGGAAAUCGUUAAGCUGGACCAUAAAAACAAGUUGGAUAAUAAUAAAUUGGUAAAUAUUAAUCAAGAACUCAAAGAUCCACUCACUACCUUUUCGAUAAGAAUUUUAAAAUAUUUAUUUGAGUUUGUUUAUCCCAAUAACACCAUAAUACAACGUGGAAAUAUAUCCGAGAGUUCGUACAAAUUGUACGUAAUUAAUAUUUGUUUAAUGAAGCUUUUAUCUGGACUACAAGAUGAUUUGAUAUAUAAACCGUAA